AUGAGAAAAAAGAAAGAUAUAGUUGAAAUAAAAAGUGAAGUUGAUAAGUAUUUGCUAGAUCGUGCUAAAAAUAUUGAAAAUGUGUUUGCUGUUCCAGUUUCAACAGUGGCCUCCGAGUCUGCUUUUAGCAUUGGAGGUAGAAUCAUAGAUCAUUUCAGGAGUUCCUUGACUCCUAAGAUGGUUGAGGCACUUACUUGUGGGCAAAAUUGGCUGCGAUCUUUUCCUAUAUCAUUGGACAGUGAACUAUUUGCUGAAGAGAUGGAAUUUUAUGAGCAAGUCGAGUCAGGCAUGGUAUCAGUGCCACUACUUGCUGCUGAGUUCUUAAUUGAAUUCAUGGCCACAAUUACUGAUGAAUACAAGAACUCAUUGAGUGAGCCAAGAACUCAGCGGGCCCACGCGAGAGUCUCAAGUAAGGUCCCAUGUUGUAGACUUAGGCUUGGACGCAUCAUGAGUAAGAGAAAAGCUCCAAAUUUUCACUGUGAAUCGUUGAAGCUUUGCAGGAAAAAUAGGAAAUUCAAUUGA